UUUCUUCUUCGCCCCCACCAAAAUCUCCUCUGCUUUGUUAACAAGCAAAACUAGAAAUAGAAACAACAACCAGAGAAAGAGAGAGAAAGAGCACACAAAAUCGAAGAGAGAAAAAGAGAGAGAGAGAGAGAUGAGCGAGAGAAAGCGAGAGCUUGAAGAAGAAGCUUCAAGCACAAGCGUAUCACCUCAGAAGAAAACAAAGCUAGAUGACGAUUCUGAUUCAUCAUCGGACUCUCGUGAGCUCGUCGUCGUCAUCGCCGCUGCUUCGUCUUCUUCUCAUUCCGUUGCUUCUUCCGAAGCUCUAGCUUCAUAUGAUUCCUCUGCUACAUCCACCGGAGAAGAUAAUGAUCAGAAUCAGAGCUCAUCAUCGAGUAUCAUCAUCAGCUCCGAUUGUUGUUUCAACAGUGAAUCGAAAGAAAUCGCGAAGAACCGUUCCACGUUUGGUACAGAUCUGGAGUUUCAAGCUCAUCAAAUCUCAGAAACGGAAACCAAAACCUCAACGUUGAUUACUAGUUGUAAUUUCAGGUUUCUUUGUUUCCCCCAAAUUUUAAAAGUUCUAGACUCUUUUUUUUUUUUUUUU